AUUUAGCUCAAGCAAAAGGUUUAGAAAAAGCUUUAAAAACAAUUGAUUUUUCAAAAAAAAGAAAAGAAUAUUUGGAAUAUAUUAUUAAAUCAUGUAAAGUUUAUUUUCAAAAUACUAAAAAACAAAAAGGUGUUCAAAGAACUGCACCUAUUAAAAAAAGAGCAACAACAAAGGCUACUUUAAACAAAACUGAAGAAAUAUCAUCAAAUUAUACUGAAAAUUCAAAUUUUAGAUUUUUAAAAGAAGAAAGAGAAUUUGUUUUAAAAGAGAAAGAAAUAAAAAUUUUUAUUAAAGAAAAAGAGGCUGCACUUGAAAUAAAAAAACAAGAAUUAUUAAUAGCAAUUGAAAAACAAAAAUUAGAAAAUGAAAGA